AUGACUGUCGAUCCACAAUCAAUCCUCAUCCGCAAGAAGGUUGGCACGUCUGUCAAACCACGCCCACGAAAGCGCCAACAGUCCUUAUCCUCGUCAGACACGACAACCUCCAUUCAGGCGACAGAAAUGACAGGCUCAAUCGGAAAUAUGAGCGUACUCUCUUUCCGCGAGGCACGUCGAAAAAGAACACCAACUGGAACAUAUCAAAUCACAAUCGAGGAUUACAUCAAUCGCAACCCGCAGCCCAACAAUUUUCACAAGACUCUACCAACAUCUGUUCUGAGCGCAGUCGCGACAAGCAAGGCCGUCGACGAUGCUUACGGUUAUCUCUUCACGCAUCUAAAGGGGCAGUGCCAUGGUCUCAACGUCAUUACUUAUCCACGAGUCGGCAAGGAUGGCAAUCGCGCGCAACCUAAAUCAGUGGAUGGCAGCGAUAUCAGCAGCAUCACUCAUUUCGCGAUCCUCGUCUACAUUCAGCCAGGGACAAUCUGCGACGACUGGGAGAAGAUUGAAGAAGGGUUAGUGCACAUCUUCAAGGAAGCAGCAAUCAAGAAGGACGGUGAGGAAGUGCCAAAGUGGCGUUUGAAAGGGGUGGUCUUUGAGUUGUGGACGACCAAGCCUGCGGCCUGGGAGUUUCGUUCUGGACAUCUAUGA